UACGUGUUUGUGAAACUAAUUAAGACAAGAAGAUAAAGUAGAAUAGUACGUGAGGCAGGAUCUUAGUUAUUAUAUAAACCUUAGCCUGGAUCAUGUGAAUGAACGCAAACAAUACUCAUAAUACAUUUAUAAAGUGAAAUACAAUAAUAGUGCAAGAAAAGGCCGCUGGUUUCUUUCAAUAUGAAACAAGGGUCAAUAAGAAUUGGUGCCUUGUUUUUGCUUUGUUUUCAUGUCCUUCUUGUGAGUCUCGUAUUGGCCAAAAAUGUGGUUCAUGAUGAUGAUGAGAAGCUCUUAAUCGGAGGUGGAAAAGGAGGCGGAAUAGGUGGAGGCUUUGGUGGUGGUUUUGGCGGGGGUGGAGGAGUUGGUGGUGGAGCUGGGUUUGGUGGUGGUGGCGGCGGUGGUGGCGGUUUUGGGGGUGGGCAUGGCAUAGGUGGAGGGAUUGGAAAAGGUGGGGGAUUUGGUGGUGGGAUUGGCAAGGGUGGAGGAGCAGGUGGCGGGAUUGGUAAAGGUGGGGGAUUUGGUGGUGGGAUUGGUAAGGGUGGUGGAGUAGGUGGUGGGAUUGGAAAGGGUGGUGGAUUGGGUGGAGGGAUUGGUAAAGGUGGGGGAUUUGGUGGUGGGAUUGGCAAGGGUGGUGGAGCAGGGGGUGGGAUCGGAAAAGGUGGUGGAGUAGGUGGAGGGAUCGGUAAGGGUGGGGGAUUUGGUGGUGGGAUUGGUAAGGGCGGAGGAGCAGGCGGCGGGAUUGGUAAAGGUGGAGGAUUUGGUGGUGGAAUUGGCAAGGGUGGUGGAGUGGGUGGAGGUGCGGGUGGAGGGACAGGAAAAGGUGGUGGACUAGGAGGAGGGAUUGGUAAAGGUAGGGGAUUUGGUGGUGGAGUAGGGGGAGGAGCCGGUGGAGGGAUUGGAAAAGGUGGGGGUUCAGGUGGUGGAGUAGGUGGAGGGAUUGGUAAAGGUGGAGGAUUAGGUGGGGGGAUCGGCAAGGGUGGUGGAUUAGGUGGGGGGAUUGGCAAAGGUGGAGGAUUUGGUGGUGGGAUUGGUAAGGGCGGAGGUGCAGGUGGAGGGAUUGGUAAAGGUGGUGGACUUGGCGGAGGGAUAGGUAAGGGUGGUGGAGUAGGUGGAGGGAUUGGCAAGGGUGGUGGACAAGGUGGGGUUGGCAAGGGUGGAGGUUUUGGAGGGGGAAUCGGUAAGGGUGGUGGAUUCGGUGGGGGCAUUGGCAAGGGUGGUGGAUUUGGUGGUGGAAUCGGCAAGGGUGGUGGGUUUGGAGGAGGAGGUGGUGGUGGUGGUGGUGGAGGAGGAGGAGGUGGUGGUGGUGGAUUUGGGGGAGGUUUCGGUGGCGGAGCUGGGGGAGGCUUUGGCAAAGGUGGUGGCACUGGGGGCGGAUUUGGUGGAGGGGGCGGAUUUGGUGGUGGUGGUGGUGGAAAAAUUUAAUUUAAAUAGUGCAUCAAAUGCAUAUCCCAUACUAUUAUGUUUAUUAUUAUCGAAGCUUAGUAUUAUCAAAUGGGAAUAGGAUAUGGUUUUGGGUCUAAUUAUAUAUGUACUUUCUUGAUGAGAUGAUAGUCUCAAUUCCACGAUUAUAUAUCUUGUUCUUUAUACCUAUUCACAAACCAUAACCUAAUAAAGCUCAUGAAACAAAGAGUUGUUUUGUUUGUAUGGCAUAAUUGAUAUUAGCUCUUUAA